GUGUGAAACUCCAACUGGGAUUCCUUGUUGUCAAUCUGGAAGUCCCGGAUUUAAAUCUUCUGGCCAAACUCAUGCUUUUAUUCCGCCUGAGAUAGAAACUAUUCAGAAUUCUACUCCAGAAGCAUGUUGUAAGGCAUGUUUUGAUGACCCUGCUUGUAUUGAAUGGCUUUUUGCUCCAAACAUUAAUGAAUGUCUUCUAAAUAAAAACAAAGAUACUUGUAAUAAUCCUACUAUGAUAAAUAUUGGUGGUAGUAGUGUAUUUUCUCAAGGUGGAAUUAUGCGAUGUGAUGCAGAUGGUUGUUUGAAAUCGAAUUAA